AGUGCCUACCAAGGUGCCGGCGAGCUGCUGGACUUCAGCCUGGCCGAUGCCAUGAACCAGGAGUUCCUCCAGACCCGCACCAACGAGAAGGUGGAGCUGCAGGAGCUCAAUGACCGCUUCGCCAACUACAUCGAGAAGGUACGCUUCUUGGAGCAGCAGAAUGCCCUCAUGGUGGCCGAGGUGAACCGCCUGCGGGGCAAGGAGCCCACCCGUGUGGCCGAGAUGUACGAGGAGGAACUACGGGAGCUCCGGCGCCAGGUGGACCUGCUCACCAACCAGCGGGCUCGUGUCGAGGUCGAGCGCGACAACCUGCUCGCUGACCUGCCGAAGCUCAAGCUGAGUGGGGGGCCCCGGCGUGUUCCUGACGUGGACGCAGCCACGCUGGCACGCAUCGACCUGGAAAGACGCAUCGAGUCCCUGCAGGAGGAAAUCGCCUUCCUCAAGAAGGUGCACGAGGAGGAAAUCCGGGAGCUGCAGGCUCAGCUGCAGGAGCAGCACAUCCAGGUGGAGAUGGACAUCUCCAAGCCCGACCUGACGGCUGCGCUGCGGGACAUCCGUGCUCAGUACGAGAGCAUCGCUGCCAAGAACAUCGCCGAGGCUGAGGACUGGUACAAGUCCAAGGUGUCUGACUUGACACAGGCAGCCAACAAGAACAAUGACGCGCUGCGGCAGGCGAAACAGGAGAUGCUGGAGUACCGGCACCAGAUCCAGUCCUACACCUGCGAGAUCGAUGCCCUCAAGGGCACGAAUGACUCGCUGAUGCGCCAGAUGCGGGAGAUGGAGGAGCGCUUCGCGGGGGAGGCCAGUGGAUACCAGGACACCAUUGCCCGGCUGGAGGAGGAGAUCCGGCACCUGAAGGAUGAGAUGGCCCGGCACCUGCGCGAGUACCAGGACCUGCUCAAUGUCAAGAUGGCCCUGGAUGUGGAGAUCGCCACAUACCGCAAGCUGCUGGAGGGCGAGGAGAACCGGAUCAGCAUCCCCAUGCACCAGACCUUCGCGUCCGCACUCAAUUUCCGAGGUAAGCAUUGCCCCGUGAGGAGGGGGACCUGGGAUGAGUCCCUGGGGGUCCCCAGUGUGGGGCAAACCUCCCUCUUCAGGGGCUGCAGCCAGGCUGUCAGGUUGGGGACCCACAG